UUGGCUUUGUUUUUUUUUGUUUUUUUAAUGAAAGCUGAAAAGCCAGAGAGAGGGCCUGGAAGAUAAGAUGAUUCUUGAGGAGAAUAGGCCUCCAUCGCUCCCCUCCAGUGCCUACAGCUCUGGUGAACUUCCUUGUGUGUCUGUAAUAAGGGUUCAGACUAAUUUUCUCCACAGUAUGCAUGAACUCUGUCCUUUCUAUCUCACCUAGGAGACUGACUCCCUCCGGAGUCUUGGUGUUGACACAGACCUUAUUGAAUGCAAAACUUAAACUUAAACGGCCGCUCUGGAACAACAGGAAGAGAGCAGAUUCCGGAGGACGACAAAACAACUGAGUCUAAGUCAUGGGUCUGGAAGGAAAGAACCCCAAACCAGGAGACCUGAUUGAGAUUUUCCGGGGCCUGUACAAGCACUGGGCUAUCUAUAUAGGUGGCGGAUUUGUGGUGCAUGUGACUUCAGCAGAUGGGAUCGCAGGAGUUUGCUCUUCUUGUUCUCCAUCUGUCCCUGCCCAAAAAGCUGUGGUGAAGAAAGAACUUCUUAAGGAUGUGGUGGGGCCAAACAGGGCUUGGGUCAACAAUGUGAAUGACACAAAAUCCAACCCCAGAGCUGUGGAAGAAAUCCUCCGUGAUGCAAAGAACUAUUUAGGGAGGGAGAUCAGCUACAACUUAAUUAUGAGCAACUGUCACAGACGGCCUUUCCAUUGGCCUGAUCCUGGGUGCUGUAGUUUCAGUUUUGAUGGCCUUGGUUCGUCAAUGAUAAACUCCACCCACAAUAGCCUUUCAGCACAGGUUUCCGUGACCCAGUCUGAAAUGUGGAACAGCCAUAAGAAUUCAAAGGAAUCUGUAUUUCUAUUCUCUAUUCCUUUUUUGUUUUAAGUGAUUAAAUUGUUGAAUAAAUGAAGAAAAAUG